AUGGCUGCUAAUAUUGUUCAAGCGUUUCAAGCUACAUUAAGUCCUGACCAAAAUAUUAGAAAUCAAGGUGAACAAGUUUUAGAUUCAUUAACCACACAACCACAUUUAUUACCACAAAUCAUUCAACUUGGAACAGCUAACUCAGGACAAUCUGAUGACAUUCGUAAAUCAGCAUUGUUAUGUUUUGGAAGAACAAUUAAUAAAAUAGAUGAUCUCAGGUCUAUCAAUCAAGACGUUUUACUUCAAAUUUGCAAUUCAUUAAUUAAUUGUAUGAAAAGUGAAACAUCAGUACAUCUUAAGGGUGCUGUUGCUGCUGCUGUCAGUAAUUUUGCUCAAUGUAUGUCUAGUUCAGAACUUGAUUGGAAUGGUUAUUUCCCUACCAUUAUUGAAAUUUUAAGAGAUCCAAGACCAUUACAACAAAUGAUUGCACUUGACACCCUUCAAGCUUCUGUUUCACUUAAAGGUUCAGAGACUCUAAUUGCUCUUCAACAACAAGUUGUUCAAUUUUGUAUCCAAUCCUUAACAAAUGGUGACACAACAAUGAAACUUACUGUCAUUGAUUUUCUUUCUAGUGCAAUAGUUCUUUUAGAAACUACUGAGCAACAUGGUGCUUAUGCCAAACAACUUAUUGUUCCAUUACAAAAUACAUUAAUUUGGUUAAUUCAAAAUAACAAAUUUGAUGAUUUUGAUAAUGCCUCAGCAUCAUUUUGUGAACUUAUAGAAAAUUCUGAAUAUCUUUUUGUUGGUAAUGAAAUUAGUAUUGCUACUCAAAUGUAUCAACUUUGUUGUUCUGCACAACAUAAAGAGACACAACAAAGUGCACUUGAAAUUGCUGUUUGCCUUAUUUCACAGGAACCAAAUCUUUUUAAAAAAAAUCCAGUACUUUCAAAUAUAGUAUUGAAACUUCUUGAAUGGUUAAAAUCUAUAGACAAUGAUGGUGCUGAACUUCUUCUCAAUGACGAAGAUCCAAUUGAGGUUGAAAAUUGGUCAUAUGCUGAAGAUGCAUUCUUUAGAAUAGUUGAAGCAGUUGGAGGAGCACCAAUUAAAGAUGUAUUAUUCAAAACAACUUUAGAGUAUUUAAAUAUGGAUCAAUGGAAUGCAAGGUAUGCUGCUCUUGUUGCUCUUUCAUUAUCAGUAAUACCAGGAAAAUACAUUUUUAAAACUACUAUGUCUGACUUAAUGAAAAUUGUACUUAAAUUUGUUAACGAUCCACAUCCAUUAGUGUUGCACGCAUUACUUGAUUUACUCGAAGAAUUAAUUGAGGCAUUCCCUAAGAUGUGUAGAAGAAGACAUUUUAAUGAAAUUAUGCAAGUUGUUAUUGUAUCAUUUAAUUCUACAGUUGUUAUUGUUCAAGACAAAGCUUGUUUUGUAGUUAAUUCUCUUCUUGAAGAAGACAAGCAAACAGCAGAAAAACUUUUACCAUUUGUACAACCAUUAAUGGAAGGUAUUUUCAAAACAUUAAAUACAUCUAAUUUAAAAGCUGUUUCAUCUGCAUUAUCUAUUAUUGUCUUUAUUACUCGUGUACUUCAAAAACAAAUGGAAAGUUAUUACCCAUUAUUAAAGAAUGUUGUUGACACAUUAUUACCAAAAUGUAAUACUAAAGAUACUUUAGAACAUAAAGGAAAGUUAAUUGAAAUUAUGUGUAUCUAUAGUAUUAUUAAUACAUCAUUCUUCCCUGAUUCAAGACAAAUUGUUCUCAAAACAUUUGAAGAAUUAUGUAAUUCUAAUGAUGUUGGUUCACCAAUGUUACCAUAUAUUUUAAGUGGAUUAUGUAGAUUUUCAGAAGCUAAUGAUGCUGGAUUUAUUCAGUGCCUUGGUCCAAUUGUUCAAAUAAUAUUAAAAAGAUUACUGUUAAAAGAAAAUCCAGAGGCUGUUGUCAUGGAUAAUGAAAUUUCAGUCACUAAUCCUUACACUGAAGAAAAAGUAUAUUUACUUCAAACAUUGUUUAGAAUAACAACUUCUGUUAAAAAAGCAUAUGGACCAUACGUACAAGAUACAUUAAAUGUUUUGUUACCAUUAAUAAGUGAUCCAAAUGCAAGUAUUAAACAAGUCACAGCCCAUCUUAUUCCAUCUAUUUUUGAAGAUGCUAUAUUUAUGGUUCAAGACAAAGGAAUUACUGAUCAAAACAGUGUCUUACAACAAGUAGCACCAAUUUAUUAUGGUAUUAUUGAUCAUUUAUGUAUAUUAUUAAAGAAAGAAAAAUUCACUGAUAAUAUUCAAUCAUAUUUAACUUGUUUAAAGAUGGUACUUGUUCUUGGUGGAGAUAAUACACUUGGAGAAGAUAGAAUUGGAAUGAUAUUUGAAUCAUUUGAUGAAAUUCUUAAGAAAAUUCUUGAUGGAGUUGGUAUUGAAAAUGAUGAUGAAACAAUUCAAAUUCAAAAUGUUGAUACAGAUGUUCUUGACGAUGAAGAAUACGAAAAGAUUCAAGAUGCUAUUGAAGAAGAAGAUGAUUGGUUAUCUUUAAUUUUAGAUAUUACUUCAUAUAUUUGUAAAUCACACCAAAAGACAUUCUUUACUCCAUUCCAAUAUAAAUUAUUCCCAAGAGUUAUGAUUUAUUUCAAACAAGUAGAAGAUAGUGAUAAAGUUUCAUUUGCAGUUGCAAUUAUUGGAUGUGUUAUUGUUGAUGGUAAAAUUUAUGAUUUUGUCUCACAAGUCGCUGACCAAUUUAUUGAAUUUUCACAUCAUAAGAAUAUUGAUAUUGCUAAUAAUGCUAUUUAUUUCCUUGGACAAUUUGCUAAAGUUGAUAUUCCACAAUUUGUUCCAUUUAUCCCAAAAGUACUUCAGUCUGUUGGAGCUAUGUUAAGCAGACAAAGAACUCGUGCUGCUGUUGAAUUAGCUGAUCAAGUUUUAAUUUGUGUUGGAAACAUUAUUGGACAUUAUUAUACACAAAUUCCAAAUUGGCAAAUGAUUAUGCAACAAUGGCUCAAUUUAUUCCCAGCUAAAUCAAGUUAUGAUGAAAUAGUUAGUUUAUUAUAUGAUCUUCAUAAUAGAGGGUUAUUAUUAGAAAUAAUGAAACUUGGUAAUGUAGCUGAAAAUAUAUAUAGAGUAGUAUUAUACUUUGCUCGUUCAUUAGAAAAUGAAAGUACAUCAGAUGAAACUAAGAAGUAUAUCGCUCAAUUAAUUCAAGCAUUAUGUCCAUUAGUACCACAAAAUGUUAUCUCUGAGAUUUGGGGUAAAUUGAGUAUAGAUCAAAGAGGAGAUUUGGAUUCAUUGUUCCAUAAAUGA